AACGUGUGCUGGUUUGCUUAUCCUCCAUUACAGCAACAGUUUUGCAUGACUGUUGUAACUGUGUUAUAAAUUAAGACUAAAGCAAAUCAAUAAUGAUCCACCUUCUGCUGUUUGUAGGUUUCACGAGUCUGGCAAGCCUGUCAUAUCAGAAGAACCAUUCCAAAACAUCAGCUAAGGAUUUACAGUGCCUAUUUUACAAUGUUACAUAUUUAAACUGCAGUUUUCACAUGGAACUGCUUGAAGAAACACAGUACUUCUUGUUUUUCAGCCGGAAAGACCACACAGAAGAAUGUCCAAACUACACACAGGAUAAGCAGAAAAGCAAAACGGUCUGCCAUUUUCCAAACCUCAACUUUCCAGACUAUAAAAACUUUCCAGAGUUUACCAUAUAUGUUAAUGGAACAAGCAACAAAACAACGAUUCAACCACUAUCAAAGGAAUUUUACAGAUUUGAAAUUGAAAAAUUAAAUCCACCGUUACAUGUCAGUAUUACAGAUGAUCUUAGACUGAAAUGGGAACAGCCGCCUUUCAGUUUUAAAAUUGCACAAAGUUGCUUUAUAUAUGAGCUUUGUAUUGAUGAUUUACAUCUGAAGAUUAAGAAUCAAAUAGAAAACAUAAACUCACCAUAUUCACUUUCAAGUCUCGACUUGUCAAGAAGAUACGAAUUGCAACUGAGAGUGAAAGGAGAUGGUAGCUGUGGGUUAAAUGAAUCGCUAUGGAGUGACUGGACUAAAGCUAUAUAUGUUGACUCUGAAAAAGACUUUUCCAUUAACUUGACAUUGGCUUUGGUAACAGUAAUUUUAAUAAUGAUCAUUUUCUUGGUGUGUAUUUGCAGACGGUAUAAACUACUGUAUAGACUGUUUCCACCAAUUCCACAUCCCAAAAUCAAAAUUGAUGAAGCCAGUGUGAUAUGGAUCGAAGCUCAAGGACACACAAGUAAUCCCAAUUGUUACUGAGAGGAUUUCGUUCCCUAAAAGAUACCCUGAACCUGCCAGUGUGACUGCCUAUGCUUCUUAUUUGUGUUCCCAUAUAAUGCAGUUAUAUAAGUUUCUGAUAUUAAUGUUAUAACCUGUACUGGUACAGUGGCAGUUGGGCAAUGGUCUUUUGUUAUUUGUUUAAAUAGCACUGUAUGAUGCAGAGAUCUUGUUUCCCUAUAAAAUUAUUUUCAGCCACGCUAUUAAAUAAUUCCUUUGUUGCUUCACUUCCAUGUUUAUUUUCCUGAAAUUUGGUAUUACAUUAAAUCAGUGGUGUGCAAACUUCUUAUAUGCUUCUGCCCUCUUUUAGCACACAAAUUAAAACAUAAAACAGGUGGA